AUGGCGAGCGGAUACUUGCAGCAAGAGGUCGCGCCUGGCGGUUGCAGCCAUGCCGUCUUCCUCAACUUGCAUUACCACAGCCCCGCACCUUCCACAUCACAGCAAGUCAAUCAACAUCGUGGGCGACUCCGUACACAGCUCGUCACAGCACGCGAUGACCUGCUCACCAUCUACGACGUCUACGAGCGCUCGACAGCCUCUUCGUCGAUGAGCACAACCACCAGCAACGGCACAGGACAGGGAUCAAGCUCCUCCUGUAGCCCUUCUACUUCACACAAGCUCGUCAUGGCACGCAAACACAACCUGUUUGGCGCCGUCACCGGGCUACAGACGGUACAGACUCUAUCAAGCGACAAGGACGGCCGUGACCGCUUGCUCGUCUCGUUCAAAGAUGCCAAGCUCGCGCUCCUAGAGUGGAACGAUGCCACCGACGACCUCGAGACCGUCUCCAUCCACACCUACGAGCGUGCCCCUCAGCUUCUCAAUGGAGCACCUCACCUUUUCCAGCCCAUCCUCAACGUCGAUCCGCUCUCCAGAUGUGCUGCGCUACUUCUCCCGCACGAUGCGCUGGCCAUCCUGCCUUUCUAUCGCGAUGUCGCCGACUUUGAUUUCGACGAUGACCUCAAUCUCGAUCUCGUCAAGGACGACGCGGCAGCCGUAGCAGCAGCAGCUGACAUGGAGAGUCUGCCCUACUCGCCCUCGUUCGUUCUCACCAUGCGCGAGGUGGACCCAAAGAUUCGCAACCUGCAGGACUUUUGCUUCCUCCCAGGUUUCCAGAAGCCGACCGUGGCUGUACUCUUCUCAAGCACGCCGACAUGCACCGGUCUGCUGGCCGAGCGGAAGGACACCUUCUCCGUCUACCUCUUCACGCUCGACCUCUCCGCAUCGCUCGAUGGCACCACGCUCGGCUCGGCUGCUGAUGCUUUGGACGAUGGCACCAUACGAUCCGCUCACCCUGUCGUGACGACCAGCUCAGCACUCCCCUACGACUGCCUCUACAUGGUCUCAUGUCCGCAGACCCUCGGAGGUGUCCUCGUCGUAUGCAUGUCUUCCAUCCUGCAUGUCGAUCAGAGCGGCAGAGUCGUGGUCACAGCCCUCAACCAGUGGUUCCAGACAAUAUCAGCCAUCGAGCCCGAAUCUGUGCUCGACUCCACCGGCAUCGCGGAUCUGCAAAGCUCUCAGCUCAUCUUCACCUCCGAAACUGAUGGUGUGCUGACGUUGAGUAGUGGCGACAUGUAUCGAUUCCGCUGUCAGAUGGACGGUCGAAGUGUCGAAGGCAUACGUCUGGAGCGCAUGGAGGAGUCGUCCGUCGAGACAGAGGAGCUCGCCCCUGCCAUGGGGCCACCUCCUUCCUGUCUCGCUCUCGCACCGCGUUCUUCCAGCUCGUUGUCGUCCACUUCCAGUGGCUACCUCUUCGGUGCUUCCAUGUCAGGCGACUCGACGUUGUACGACUUGAUGCCCAUCAAGAAGCCUCUCAAGCCGGAAGACGGAGCAGAUGCGGACCAAGUCAAAGCGGAAGCAGCGGCAUCUUCCAACAACGACAUGGAUCUCGACCUCGACGACGACCUCUACGGCGCCUCAGAUGCUAUCGGUGGUGGCAGCGCAAAGGCUCAAAAUGCCAGCAAAGAAAGAAUGGUCCUCGCUGUGCGCAAGGCGGAUGAGAUUUGCUCGCACGGCCAGCUGCACAGCAUCGCGAGGCGGAAGCUUCCCGCGAGCGAGCCUGGCUCGUCGAAGCGGUAUGGGCUGGUAGGCGCGUGCGGAUCCGGCAGCCAGGCCGGUCUUGCCUAUAUGGAUCCUCGCUUCGUGCCAGAGGGCCGCACCCAGCUUGUUCCGGCCACGACAUCGGACGACCAAAGCAAGGGCACUCGAACCUUUUCCAAGGUCUGGGUCGUUGGCAGAGGGGCCGACGGCGAUGUGCAGAUGAUUGCGUCGGACUCGGACGGCGGAUCGUCCAUCGCCUUCUCAGCGCCAGCUCAAGCCAGCAGCUCAUCGCACUCACAGUCGCAACAACCAUCCGCCUGGACGAGCAUUAAGGAGCUGUCAGAAGGAGCUACUCUCUGCGCGGGUAGCCUAUUAGGUGGAGGUGCUGUAGCGCGUAUCACUGCCAGCAGCCUGCAAGUCUUGUCUUCCGACACGUUCGACGUUCUGAACGAGACCACAGUGAUGCAACCGGACCAGGGCAGCAUACUUCACGCCAGCCUUGAUGCCGAGCAGUACGCGGUCAUUCACACCUCUGAUGACGCUACACUGCUCUAUCGCUACGACGCAGCUCAACAGCAGUUCGAACCGAUCGAUGUGUCCGCGGCUCUCGGCGCCACGCCGCUGCUUUCAGCGAACGUGUUCAGAGAUACGUACGGUGACAUUGAGCGGGCUCGCCGACCAGGUGCCAAGUCCGCCAAUGGAGAUGCAGCUACUGCAUCUGUCAAGGCUGCUCCAGUCGCCGUGGCCGCGUCCCGCCCGCUCUCGUCCCUGCAGGACGACGACGAAGAAGUCGACUACGGCGAGGACGACGAAGAGACAUUUGCAAACGGCCACGCCCAGUCCAACGGCGAUGUCAAGCCUGCCAACGGAGCAUCCUCACCAUCUGCCGACCCGGCCUACCUCUUCGCACUGGACUCCGACGGCGUCGGCAGCAUCUUUUCGCUACCUGACUUGCAGCUCGUAUGGAAGAACGCAAGUCUCGCGGCGCAGCCCCAGCGACUCCGCUACGAACAGCGCAGUCACACCGAACUCGCCUCCGAGCAGAAGGCGGUGCUGACCAUGGCGGUGGCCCAACACAUCGGCGACACGCUGUGCAUCACUUCGCUGACGAGCGACAACUUCCUCACUGUCUACCGGAGCAACUCGUGGGCGCCCGCGGACGAGGUGGACAAGGCGAGGGCGCAGAUCCGCCAAGCAGGACGGGUGGGCGAUGAGGGCGCGCUGGGGUUGAUGUUCAACAAGGUGCUCGUGCAUGUGCUUGCCGCUCCUGGUGCGCGCUCGUACGACCUGGAUGGCGGGGUCAAGACAGGCUACCGGUCGGGGACUGUGCAGCUCGAGCCGGUGCGGAUACCGCCGCGAGGCGAGCAGGCUGAUGGUGGUGGAUGCAACGCUCUCGCUGUGCUGGGUGGAGGUCAUGAAGCGCAAGCGAGCAUCCUGUGCUGGACUGAACAGGGUUCUUAUCGUCUUCUUGACUGGCCCGAGGGGGAUCUUUCAUCCCUCUCAUCCAUUCCUACAACACAAUCCUCUACCGCCAGCCUUGCCUACUGCACCCGUGCCGGCCAUCUCUACCUCGCCCGCAUCCCACCUGCGCUCUACACGUCCCCCGACUGGCUCACCACAAUCCACCUCACCGGCCGGACCUACACGCAUGUCGUCUCGCACGAUCCCACCCACACCGUCAUCGCAGCCUCCAUCCAACCCUGUCGCUUCAUCCUGUUCGACGAGGACGGCGAGCCGAUCCGCACCUCCAACAUCGAUGAGGAAACCGCCCACACGCUCCAUCCCACGCACUCCUCUCGCGGUGCGCUCGAACUCUUCAUCGACGAAGACCGCACCACCGCCUCGGACGGCUACGAGUUCGAGGCGAACGAAACCGUCACCUCGCUGGAAACGGUCAUCCUCGACGCGCCCUCUUCUUUCUCGGGACGCAAAACCUUCAUCGCAGCUGGCACCACCACCUUCCACGGCGAAGACCGCACCUCCAAAGGUAGCGUCUACCUCUUCGAGAUCAUCGAAGUCGUUUCCUCCCGCUAUUCCAUCGGUCGGGAUUUGCGUUUGAAGCUCAUCUGCACCGACGACGCCCGAGGACCCGUCACAGCCAUCGCCCACCUGAACGGGUUUUUGAUCACCACAUGCGGUCAAAAACUCUUCGUUCGCGCACUGGAGAAGGAAGAGUGGCUGAUCAGUGUGGCGUUCCUCGACUGUCCGUUGUACAUCACCUCCAUUCGGGUGGUCAAGAACUUCCUCCUGCUGAGUGACGCCAAGAAGGCGUUGAUGUUUUUGGCGUUUCAGGAGGAACCGUAUCGGUUUGUCGAGUUGGGCAGGGAGGUGAACGAGUAUCAUGCCUCCCUUGGGGGGUUCCUCGUGCAUGGGGAGAGGUUGGCGUUGAUCUCGACCAGCGGGGUGGCUUUGGGGGGUCAUACGGGUUUCGGGUUGGGCGAGGGGGUGGUGAGGUUGUACGAGUAUGCACCGCACCUGGCGAGUGGAGGGACACGGUUGGUGCUCAAGACCGAGUUUCAGACGUCUUCCGCCGCAACGGGGUGCGUGGGGCUGCAUGGACGAUGGUUGUCCGAUUCCGAACUGCGAGGGAGGGAGGAGGGACGCAACAAGCUGCUUCUCGCCAAAGCCAACGGUGCACUCGAAUCUCUUUCGAGCGUCGACGAGAGGGUGGCCAAGCGGUUGCAUCUGUUGCAAGGCCAAUUGGUAAGGUCCGUCAUGCACACCGCUGCGCUUAAUCCUCGGGCGUUUAGGGCGGUAAGGAACGACUUUGUAUCCCGACCCCUCGCCAAAGGCGUCCUGGACGCAAGGGCCCUAGAUGGAUUCACCUGGUUGAGCAGACCAAAGAUGUUGGAGGCCGUCCGGACGUUGAAGGGCCUCUGGGACGGGUUGGACACGAUCAAGCCCGAUCAGAAGAGGAAACGCCAAGAGGAAGACGAGGAGGAGGAGGCCGAAGAAGAGGACUUUGACAGGCAGGAACAGCUGCGGCUGCAGUCGGAACACAAACGUGUCCAGCUCGUGCUCAAGGAUCUGCUGCGCUUGCGAUUGGGGUUCGAACAGGUCUAG